AUGGCCUGCCAGAAUGAGGUCACCACCCGAAUCAGGGACAUGAACACAUACUGUGAGUUCCAUCGGGAUCAUGGGCAUACCACAGAAAACUGUAAGGCCCUGCAAUGGGAGAUUGAAGCCCUUAUUAAAAGAGGACUCCUAAGUUCCUACGUCGGAGACUCGAACAGUGGAAGAAAACAAUAUGCCCGACAAUAUACCUUGGCCUCUGGGAUGCCUCAUGGAAAGUUGGAGGAUAUUACUUUUGGAACCAGGGACUUGGAAGGUGUAUCACUUCCACAUGAUGAUGCCCUGGUCAUCUCAGCAAUUGUGGCCAAUUUUGAAGUAAAGAGAAUCUUGGUUGACAACGGGAGUGUGGCCAAUAUACUUUCACAAGAGGCUUUUGCCAAAAUGGGAAUCUCAUCUCAACAACUCAAAGCGGUUAAAACUCCUCUCCAGGGGUUUGGGGGAGGAGUCAUCACUCCAGAGGGUAUCGUCGAGCUUCCUCUAACUUGGGGUUCUGGCCAGAAAUAG